AUGACUGUCGCCAUGACCGAGCAGAAGCAGGAUCUUUCUCUCUCGUCAGAGCACGUCGACGAGAUGCCAGUCAAGGCUGAAGAGGCCGUUAGCAACGGACUUGGCAUGACAAAUGAGCAGUACGAUACCAAUGAGAAGAGUCUGGUCCGUAAGCUGGACUUUACUCUUCUGCCCAUGGUCUGGCUGCUUUACUUCUUCAAUUAUCUCGAUCGAAACAACAUCGCUCAAGCGCGUCUCAGCACCUUCGAACAAGACCUUGGUCUCAAAGGCAAUCAGUUCAAUGUUGCAGUGUCCAUCCUGAAUGUCGGAUACAUGCUUAUGCAACUCCCCAGCAACAUGCUCCUUACUCGAACCCGCCCGUCGAUGUACAUCCCAGCCUGGACUGCUCUGUGGUCCAUUGUGUCUGCCGCUACUGCUGGUGCCGGUACUUACACUCACUUGAUCGUCAUCCGAUUCUUCCUCGGUGCAAUGUUCCUGCUCAGCUGCUGGUACCCUCGCAAGGAGCUUGCCCUUCGAACCGCGAUUCUAUACUCGGGUGUUCUCCUCGCCACCGCCUUCUCAGGACUCAUUGCCGCUGGUGUUCUGUCAGGACUGGAGGGUGCUAGGGGCAUGGCAGGCUGGCAAUGGCUGUUCAUCAUUGAAGGCGCUGGAAGUUUCAUGGCGGCUAUUAUCGCCUUCUUCGUGCUUCCAGAUUUCCCGGGACAAAAGACUGGAGCUAUGAAGUGGCUUCUGUCGGACGAUGAGCAGAAGGUUGCUGUGGAGCGUAUCAACAGAGACCGUGUCUCUCUUCCAGAUGCAGAUCACGGUGUCUUUGCGGGGUUGAUGAUGGCUGUCAAGGAUGUUCGAACCUGGGUCUUUGUCAUCAUGCUCACGGCUAACCAUAGUGCGUACGGCUUUAACAGCUUCUUCCCCACUAUCGUCAAGGGAUUCAAACUCGGCAACACAACUCUUACGCUCAUUCUGACAGCUCCUCCUUAUCUCAUCGCUACAGCUACUGCCUUCGCAACAGCAUGGUCCAGCGAUCGUCGCAAGAACCGAGGCUAUCACAUUGCCAUUCCCCAAGCGGUUGCCUGCAUCGGCUUCAUCAUUUCCGUUGCCACGCUCAAUAACGCCGCAAGGUAUGCAGCAGCCUUCCUUUACAUCUGCGGCUGUUUCUCAUCCAACGCCAUGGUCUUCAGUUGGGCUAGCUCAACCCUCAACCAGACGCCUGAGAAGCGCGCUUGUGCUACUGCUAUCAUCAAUCUUCUCAGCCAGCUUGGUAAUAUCUGGAGUCCGUACUUCUUCCCUGCUAGUGAUGGACCGCGCUACAUCAAAGCCAAUCUGCUCAUGAUGGCCUUCUCGGCGCUUUCAGUUGCGACUUGUGUGUUGAUGAGAUUCAGCUUGCAGAAGGCUAAUAAGAAGCUUCGUGAGUCAGGCGAUGGCAUCAAUUUGUUUACUUUGUAA